AUGGUCGCGUACGGUCGUCGUUCCGACAGCUGCACCGGAAGAGGAGACGCGUGCGCGGGAAAUGGUCGCCACGACCAGAAUGCCGAGUGGCGUUGCCGGGGAAGUGUUGAUAGCUUGAGGAAGCGUGUAAUGGAAUUAUUCAUAUCCGUUAAGCACUGCUUCAUGUGGGAUUUAAAAGAGAAGACAAAACUUUGGAAAUCGUUGCAUUCGUGCGAUAACUUAAUCGGUUACCGGGUUCUAGCUCAGGGCAGUGCCAGCGGUGCCCACAUGGCAGACUGCGAGCUCGCCGGAGCGAGGCUAAACAGUGAGGGGGGAGGGGGU